AUGGUCAAGUUUGAUUUUAUUUUCGCCGUAUUUUUGCUCGUUUCGAGAAUUAAAAUCGCGCGUUGCAUGGACGAUGCAGUGGUAAUCAUCGGAGCCGGUGCAUCCGGAAUGACUGCAGCCUCGGCACUCCUUGAAGCCGGGUACCAGGAUGUCCUAGUACUCGAAGCGGAGCCCAGAAUCGGGGGAAGGAUACACACAGUCGUUUCCAAUGGCACGAAAUUGGACUUGGGAGCCCAAUGGUGCGACGGUCAGAAGAGCAACAUCGUCUACGAGAAAUUAUCCGAAUGGAACCUGCUGGAGAUGCUCCGGCGCGAUCACUUCCCCAAGCAGUUUUACCACUCGGACAGGAGGAACAUCAGUUACGAAUUUUCCGGGGAACUGGCUGGGAUAUUUCGUGACGCCGAAGGGGAGCUGAGAGACUCCACCAAGAACCUGGGAGAUGCUCUACAAGAAAGGUACACUCAAGUAAUAAACACCAAGUACAACAAGAGCCAAGAGAAGCUCCGUAUAUCCCGCGAUGCUUUGAGUUAUUUAUCACACCUGGUGCUAAGAACCAGAGGGGCUGCUUCCUGGAGCGUUGCUGCAGCGUACGAUCCGGAUUACUACAAUAAACAAGGGUUUGCCUACGGUUGGAAGGAUGGUUUUUCUUCGUUUUUCGACGCUCUGACGCGCAAACAUCGCAUAAACGAUAAAAUUUUGCUCGGCAAAAGAGUUGCAAAAAUUGUAUACGGAGAUGCUUUAACUAAGAACGUGCCUGUUAAGGUGAUUUGUAGCGAUAACUCGGUUUAUCCAGCCAAGAGGGUUAUAGUAACUUCUUCGUUAGGAGUAUUGAAAGAGAACGUUGAGUCGAUGUUUGAGCCGCCGGUGAAUGCUUCUAAGUUAACUGCAAUUGGAAAUAUUGGCUACGGAGCUGUGCUUAAAGUUUUCGCUUCUUUUGAGGCGAAUUGGUGGGGAAAUUCGCCGGGUUUUAACUUUAUUUGGUCCGAUAAGGACAAAGCUGAUGCCACUAUUAAGUUUCCUUUUGGACCAAAAAAUUCAAAAGGCGAGUCUUGGAUAACCGAGCAUUUUCACAUAUUCGCAGUACCAGAUUCGAAAGUACUACUAGUAUGGUACACUGGCGAAUUAGUACCAAUAAUCGAGAAAAUGGACCAGGAAAUUUUAAAAGACGGAAUUUACUUUACUCUAAAUUUAUUUCUUGGACAUUUAUUCGAUGUUUUAAAACCGAUAACAAUCUUAAGGUCCAACUGGAAAUCGAAUCCUAAUUUCCGCGGAACCAAUUCGUUUGCUUCGUUGAAAACGACUGACCAAGAUCGCAGGAAUUUGCAGGAACCGAUAGUGAACUCCCUUGGAGAGCCUCUUAUACAAUUCGCAGGAGAGGCCACCAGCAUCCAUCGUUAUUCCAGCGUGCAAGGCGCUGUUGAAAGCGGUUAUCGAGAGGCCGAUAGACUAAUUAAACUCCGCAAAUAA